GUUUAAGUGUUUACAUUCACAUCGCCGAAUCUUCAGGGUCAUUUUAGCGUUGAAACUGCAGCUUUUAUGUCUUUUCCAGGGGUUUUUAGCCUCUCUUGACUGCCAAUUAGCGCUUGGCUUUCUGUAUUUUACGUGAAUAUCGUGCGGCUUGCGUUUUUCGCUCAGUCUGCUCCGAAACAUCGAGCGAUAAUAGCGGCCGGAAAAACUUCCGCUUCAAUUUGUUAGUUUUGUCGCGGGAGAUAGGGAAAAAGUGUAAAUUGGUGCUUCACUAUCAUUAUCAGACAUUAGAUAAAAUCAUGGAGGAGACAUAUCUGUACGAUCCCAGUCUGCUGUUGAAACUGGACUUUCAUCGCAGUCCCGCCAAUUUCAAGCCCUUCAUAUCGGCGGCUAAUCCCGGCGAGCCCUGGAUGAAAGUGCGCCCUCUCAAGGACACCGACUACGACCGUGGAUUCCUGCAGCUGCUCUCCCAACUCACCCAUGUGGGCAAUGUGAAUCGCACGCAGUUCUUGACCCGCUUCUCACAGAUGAAAGCCAGCGGGGAUUACUUUGUCACCGUCAUUGAGGACACCCGCAAGAAUGAGAUUAUUGGAGCUGCAUCCUUGGUGAUUGAGCGCAAGUUCAUCCAUAACUGUGCUGUCCGUGGUCGUCUAGAGGAUGUGGUGGUAAAUGACACCUAUCGCGGCAAGCAACUGGGAAAACUGAUCGUGGUCACCGUAUCGCUGCUGGCCGAGGAACUGGGCUGCUACAAAAUGUCGCUGGACUGCAAGGACAAGCUGAUCAAGUUCUACGAGUCGCUGGGCUACGUGGCCAUUCCCGGAAACUCCAAUUCCAUGACCAUUCGCUACGAUGAGGGGCCAACGCUCAAGCGGAAUGCUACCUCAGCCGGCUCCAGUGGAACAGUGGGCGACUCCUGCCAAACUGUGAGCCUCGAUUUUGCCUCUUGACAAUUAGCCGCCAACGCUGCUCCAAAGUCCAAGCUUUGAGUGGGUGCACCCCAGCUCAAAGUUAUAAGUGCGCGAAGCGCAAUGCAAGAAAACUGAAAUUGGAUUCUAACAAAACAUAAAAUGCAUAGGCAUUGCCAAAAUUCCAUUGCGCUGAGGGCAUGAUGGAUUUUUGGACAGCGCUGGCUGGCGGUGGUGUCCUUGUGGACGGUCGUGAUUUCCACCCACCCGCGAGGACAUACAAUUAGAUAUUUAGUUAAAGACAACCGCAACAUACGUUGCUUUCUGUUUUUAAUCCCUACAGAACUCUCAAUUUUAUAAUUUUUUCUCCCCUUUCUGCUACUGAAUGUGCGGCUCAACUAUCAACUGCAAGGUGGUUGUAAUAUUACCUUUUAAGAGCACCUUCAUCAAGUAGCCUUAAGUUUGAAACACUCGCAUAAAUACACUGUUAUUAACACUAAUCAACAAAAGCGAUUAAAGCCCAAUACGAAUCUGCAACAAACA